AACCCCGCUGCUGCUGGAAAUUCCAAUAUCGAACAGCAGACGAGCAUGGUUGUACACCUCGUCAAUCACACCCACCGAACAGAGCCUCCCCAGAAGGUGUAUCUCAAGCCAGAACUUCGGCCAACCAACGAAACUCUCAAACACAUCCACGGCGUCCUUGCGUCCAAUUCUCCCGAAGCAGGCAUUCUGUUCAUGAUGCUCGAGAUCACCCUACCGAUCCUGGGCGUCAUUGCCUUCUUAACGCUCAUGCUCCUCAUCAUGCGGCAUGUCACCAACAAACUCUAUCCCAAUAAUGAAGAAGACAGCGAGGCAGGCGACAUCGAACUAUCUUCCUUGGGGGGCACCUCUGUGAAUAGCGACGGAACACUAGUCAACCCUCGAAAGCUGUCCAAACCCGGCAGUCCCAAGGCGGUGGAUCGCUUCCCCGAUUCGAAGAAUGGUGGCGUCUUCGCGUGGCGAUUGGCAAUGGAAAAGCCGAAGCAACCUUAGCAGAGCUUGAGCUUGAGGGCGCAAGAUCGCUACCCGCGUACGAAUGCAGGCGGCUUCUUCGGGGCCUCGAUCGAGCAGCCGUCUCGGAGGCAGAGUUCGAGUGUUUAUUCGAGGAGCAUGGAUGGGGUUACGUUGUACCCAGAGAGAAACACGGGGAGUUGGGGGCGUCGUUGAGUUGAGCCUGUAGUUUUGUUGCUGUGCCGUUUGCGCCUGACUGUGCGGUUCGGUUUCUGUUUGUGUUGUUCUGGUUGUUGCUGGUUGGCGGAUAGAAGCAGAGCGGAUUAGACGUGGUGCUCGGAUGUUGCGCGUCUUGUGUUCAUUGCUUUUCCUAGUAGUGUGUUAAUUUGAUG